AUGAAACUUUUCUGCUUUUUGAAUUUUUCCGUUUUUGGAAACAAUAUUGCUCCAAGACGAUAUGUUGAUUUGGAGGGAAUGAUGACGACGAAUGAUAAUUUGGAGCUGAACAUGCUCUGGGGAUACGGAUGCCACUGCUUUACCUUCAAUGAUCGACCCUUAUCAACAAUGGGAUCCGGCCAACCACGUGACCAGCUCGAUCGCCACUGCAAGGAAUACAAAGAAUGCCAGCGCUGCGCAAGAGAUCGAUUUGGCGACGAAUGUGUGCCGGAAAUAAUCAAACUUAUGGUUUCCGAAAAUCAGAAACCCGAAAAGGCCUUCUCUUCAUCUCUUUCCGAAAAAAUGAAAGUUUACAACAACGAGUUCUCAAUUUGGUCGCGCCGUUGGGAUCGUGAACUCGAAUGCGUCAAGACCGGAACUGGCCAGGGAGAGCGAAAAUGCUGCGGCCUCGAAACGGGGCCCUACUUCAUCUACCACGAACGACGACAUCAAUGCUGCGAUGGAACUGUUUCUGCCCCUGGAACUUGCUAA